UGUCCUGCAACCUUUGCCCAGCAAGUCUCUUUACUUUUCAGAAGGAGCUGAAGAGGAAGACGAAAACAACGGUUAAAAGUCAGGUCUUGGUGGCAUACACCUGUUCUGUCAGUUAACCUAUUUUGUACAGGUUCUCCCUCAGAACGCAGAGAUGGGCCGGUGGAGCUGCAGCCUCUGUGUGGUGUUUUUUCUCAGUGCAGCGUUUAUCAGAGAAGCACGUCAGGCUGCUAUAUCUGAUGUCGGGGGACACAAAGGUGCUCAGAGACAUCUUCUGAUGGAAGAGGAAGAUCACACCAACAAAACUGAUAGUCAAAGGGCAGUCGAUCCAGACGAGAGCCCAAAGUCGCUGGACUGGACCUAUAUGGCUGCAGGACUGGGAACAGCCCUCACCAUCUCGCUCCUCAUCGUGACGGCCGUCAAGUUUCGUGUCUUCCAUCGCUUCCUGGCGAGCUACAGACACUCCCUGCUCCAGGAGGCCGACGGGGUCAGCCAGUACGGCCACGACGUGGGGACCUACCCUAACAGUGUGAUGGGUAGGAUGGGAGGGGUGGGAGGGACUGCGAGGCCGCUGGACGACGAUGACGAUGGCUUCAUUGAGGACAACUAUAUCCAGGCCAGUGAGAAAGACAGGGCAGACAGGGAGAGGGAGGAGGAGGAGGAGGAGGAAGAGGUAGAAGACAGCGACGAUGAUCUUCAGUUCAGUAUAGCGUGAUGAGAUAAAAGGUUUACAACUAAAAUGACACUAUAGAGGAGAUUUUGAUUGACCGUUGACAGUAAAGCAGUGAUUCGGAACAUUUCUGGCUUGUGAUCCCUUAGAAUGAAUCUACUUGCAGUCUCUUACACCUUCCAUACAUCUAUGAACUGUGAAGAGUAAGUUCCCCUUAAUAAGUAUCUUAUUGUUUUAUUGAUUUAAAUCAUUAACAUAGGCCAGGACAGGCAAAACUAUGGAUGUCACAGUUUAAAGAAAGUUCAAAGUUUAAAGAAAAAUAAAAAGAGAUCAAAUUUGUGAAUCAGAAUUUUGUUUUCUUGUUCCAAUUAAUCUUUUUGCGACCUCUAAGAUGAUCUUGUGACCCUUUGGAGGGUCCCAACCCACAGUUUGGGAACUGCUGAAAGUGCACAGCACUGUAGAUGUGUGAUGAAUGUGAAAACAGAAUGAGCCACGGUUGUUUCAAAACGUCUGAAUUUGCAGUAAUAACUGGACUUGUGUCCAAAAUGAGCUAAUUCAAAUAGUAUGAUGAUGAUGAAAGUAAUAAUGAAAAUGUAUAAACAGAUGUAAAUUGAAUUUUUGACCAAUGUUACUGCUUUUAUUUGAGUUCAUUUGAGUACAGUAUAGUAGCUGUAUCCCAUGCUACACUUAGGCUGGGUGCAGGAUAGCAGUAGAGAUGACCUGCACUCUGGAUUAUAGCUCCUAUAAACUUUAUUGGGUUGAGACAGGCAGCGUUUUGACUGUACUGGGUCUUCUUCAGAUGCCAUGUUUGCUUUUGUUGUGUUAGCUAUUUUCCCAAAGAAGAUAAGUUUAGUCAAAAUGCUGCCUGCCAGAUAAUUCCUACUUUUUUCCUUUCAUGCAGAGUAAAAAUUGUUUCCCCUGCGGCUGGAAUCUCGUUAAAAAAUGAAUAUAUUGUGUGUAUAUCCAUCUGUUAAAGUCACUGUUUGUACCCUGCUAAUGAGAAAUCCCUGCCAAUCACUUGAGUAAGUUAAGUAUUCACAUUUAAGUGAAGCGGUUGGUGGGUUGAUUAUAUUUUGGCUGCGAAUCA